CCGAGUGUGCGCGUUUAUCCAGAUCGGUGCACGCAAACAGUAGCGGCCAGGGAAGCUCGUAUAGCACAGGCGAUAGACAUUCUAAAAGCAGUAUCAGGAUUAACACGGUGUGACGGUAUUGACAGAGCCAUGCAAUGACACAACAGCAAGCUCUCCCUCCCCGCGGUGGAAUGGAGCAGCAAUGAAUGGGGCCGCCCCUCCCAGCCCCGAGCUGCCUGACUGGAAGGAGUUCUGUGAGCUGCACGCCCGCGCCUCCGCCUCGGACUUCGCACACAAGUUCCGCCGCUUCGUGAGCGAGAACCCCAGCUACGACUGCCCGGGGGCCGACGCCUCCUUCUCACAGCACUUCACCACGCACUUCCUGGACUGCUUCACCAGCGAGCUGAGCCGGGCGCACGCCCCGGGCUCCCCGGGCCUCGCCAAGUACAGCAUUGUGCCCUUCGUGGGCAUCCAGAGCUGCCCUCUGCCCUACGGCCGAGACCUGUACCUGCGCAGGAGAGAGGCGGGCGCCUCCAGUGAGUCUCUGGACAGCAUGGACAGCGGCCAGGGCAACCCCACCAGGGGGCCUCAAGCCCCGACGGCCCACCCACACAAAGUGUCUGCGUUCGGGCAGUCGCGCAGCUCCGAGGACGUGUCGGACGGGGGCCUCCCCAAGGCCAAGUUCAAGAAGGGUUUCUCCCUGCGCAACAUGAGCUUGUGCGUGGUGGAUGGGGUGCGGGAGAUCUGGCACCGACGUGCCUCCCCCGAGCCCGAGCAGGGCAGGAGAGCCAAUGGGGAGAGUGGGGAGCGCUGGAGCCAAAGGCUGCGCAUGUCCAAGGCCUCACAGAGCCCCCGGGCCGAGCUGCUGGAGAUCCAGAGGGAGGGCACGCUGCGCUACAUGGUGGCUGAUGACACCAGCUGCGUAGGCAGCUCUCAGUGGCAGAAGUGCAGGCUGCUGCUGCGCAGGGCCGUGCGCGUGGAGGGGGAGCGCUUCCUGCUGGAGUUCUACGUGCCGCCCAAGUCGACGAAGCCCAAGGUGAGCGUGCCACUGUCAGCCAUCGUGGAGGUGAGGACUACCAUGCCCCUGGAGAUGCCAGAUAAGGACAACACCUUCGUACUCAAGGUGGAGAAUGGGGCGGAGUACAUCCUGGAGACCAUCGAUUCUCUGCAGAAACACUCCUGGGUGGCCGACAUACAGGACUGCAUAGACCCGGGGGACAGCGGAGAUGAUAUUGAACUGGCCUCCUGUCCUCACGGCCCCGACCUGCCCUCCCGAGACUUCCCCAUCGUCUCAUCCUACAGCUGUGAGCUGCUCGCCGAGGGGGUACAUAGAGUUCCAGAGAGGCCUUGCCCCACGACCACCCACGAGCCCCACAGCGCCCCCUCUGUCCGGUGCAGGGAGGUCCCAGCCACGGAGCAUCCAGCCCACAUCCCCCUGGAGAGGUUUCUGCAGACCCUGGAGACCCCCAGCCCGGGCCAGACCCCCGGCCAGCCUCCCAGCCAGCCCCCCGCAGGGGUGCCGGGUGAAGGCGGGGAGCCAGAGGGGGAGGUGUGCCUGACGGAUUACCCAUGGUUCCACGGGACGCUGUCUCGGGUGCGGGCAGCCCAACUGGUGCUUGCGGGGGGACCUCGCAGUCACGGGCUCUUCGUGAUCAGGCAGAGCGAGACGCGCCCGGGGGAGUACGUCCUCACCUUCAACUUCCAGGGCAAAGCCAAGCACCUGCGUCUCUCAGUGAAUGAGAGUGGACAGUGCCACGUGCACCACCUGUGGUUCCAGACUGUCUCAGACAUGCUGCGCCACUUCCACACCCACCCCAUCCCCCUGGAGUCUGGUGGCUCGGCCGACAUUACCCUGCGCAGCUACGUGCAGGCACAGCGCCCCCUGCCAGACCCCGGCUCCCCUCCGCUCCUCACACCUCCCAGCCAGCCCAGCUGCCGAAAUGAAGCCCACCAAUCGCAGCACUACUUCUCCGGAGCCUUCCAGCCUAUCGCGCCCCUGUCUGAGGGCCCGGUCUCCUCCCCCUCUUCCUCCCCCUCCUCCAUGCCUCCGUUCCCCCGAGGGGAGGGCCCCGGGCUGCCCAGCCGUAGUAACAGCUCCGAGCGCCUGCUGGAGCCCCCUAGUGUCGGCUCGGAGGACUACCACGAGAGUGACGGCUCCCGGAGAGCGCGGGCUGUGGAGAACCAGUACUCCUUCUACUGAGGGCUGCAGUGCCAACCGGGGCCUGGGACAGGAAGAGGAGGGAACCCCACCCCCAGAAGUGAUGGCAAGGGCUCUGCUGAAUUCGAUUAGUUUUGUUUUGUUUUUUACAAGAUGUACAUGUAACUAGAGCCCCUGUGUUUAUGACACCACUCUUCGUUCGCUAUGUAGAUGGGUUCUAAUUCACUAACUCUGAAGUACCCCUGGAAUUUGUUUUAUUUCCAGAUUAUUUCUUUUGUGCGCUACCCAUGCAGAAGUGACUAGGGGAUAAAGUGGGACUUACCCAAAACAUUGGCUUACUGAACCUUUUAAAAAAUGUAACCAAGAAAAAAACAUGACAGUACAGGGUUAAUAUACGCAUACAUGUCCUUUGGUAAACAAAGGGUUACUGCUUUCCAAGCUACAGUGCCAUUCACCUCUCCUUUACCUCGAAUUUGCACUGUAUUGAAUCAGUCAUCCUGCAGUGCACACAACUUCAGGGACUUGUUUGACAGUCCAGUUUGUUUACCCGCACCAAUGCUUUUCCACAAUGUCAGUCAGUGAGCCAUACAGUGAAGGAGGUUCUAAGUGGUACUUUUAAAAUGUGUGAAGGAAGCAAAAAGGAAAUAAAGGCAUGCAAGUGUUUUGUUUACAGGAAACAGCUGCAGAAUUGAUUUUAGAUGUGUAAAAACUAUUUAUAAAACCGUCUAAGGCACUACACAUUGAGCAUCACGCGUGACUCUGACACCAGGGAAAACUCCACAGCGAUCAGAGACGAGGUGAUCAUGGUACUGGAGCAGAGGAAAGGUUGGGGAAUGUCUUUGACAAUGCUAGCAGGUACACCUUCAUUUGAACGACUACUACUGAGAAGCGAUCUGCACUGCAGCAGCUGCAUGGCAUGCGAAGGACACUGCUUCAGGUAUGUUGUGUACUUCAAUGAUGUCAAUAUUACAGCAUAUAUCCCCGCAGAUUAUAUACCCCGGAUUCUUAACCUCAGCGCUGUCGUAUGCUGAUUGCACCAGAUCACUAACACAUUGAAGUGAAUGCAGUGCGAUGCAGCUGGAUAGAGAAUAGGAAUUCUAGGGUCCUAUUCACAAAGCUUGAAACUGAUUUAUUUAGCCCUUUCAUGCAUGGCGACCUCCUAUGGGGACGGAUACAAAAACUCUUCUAGUCUUUAUAUGGAAGAUGCACAUGCAUGAUACCCUCAUGUGGAUGCCAAUUUCCCCCCAUAUAAAGCAAUGGGAAAAAAACAUUUCAAUAAAGCCUCCAAAACUUUUUUCAGCUGUUUUCAAUAUUUAAUGCAUGAAAGGGUUAAAAAAUGUUUUUAAAACUGCUUCAGUGGUUUAAGUAUUUCACCAAUGAUAUUGAAUCUGUCAAAUCAGACUUGAACUCUUUCAACACUGCAGACCUGCAUAGAGAUCUGUGAAUGAUAACUCCUCUUCAAAUAGCAGAACUGUAAACUAAUCGAAUAUACCGAUAUAUCCAUUUUCUUAUUUCUUUUUGAGCCUGAGAUGCUGGAAGUGUUUAUAUAGGACUCCUAACGUAAUCUUUCUGUAAAAUUCCGUAUCCCAAGAGUCAAUCUGAAUGAUGGCACUGCUUUCAAACAGUACAAGAACUAAACCUCGAACUGCGUGCAAUUAUUUAUUUGUGUAGUGCUGCUUACAAUGCCAAAAAACGUCGGUUGUGUUUCACAGAGUUGUUUGCUUUGGUCUACGGUACUUUUUAAAAGCUGCAGUAAGGACAGCACCGGCGUCAUUGGAAUGUGACCUUCGUGUUGGUGCUGAGAGAAAGCAGUCACUCCAGACGUCUGCUUUGUGAAGAGGCCCAUUGAGCCAGGUCACUGUAAUAGUCAUUGAUGACAAUGUUACAGUUCAUCUAGAUGUUGAUGCUGCGCUCGUUUCCCCUCUGUUGUCUGUGUUGCUCUCGUUUGUUGUUUGUUGUUCUGGUUUCUGUGUUCUGUGGUAAGUCUGUGGAAGAGUUGGGAAGCAUUGGCAGCAGAGGGUUAGCAAUGAAUGAACACGUGUACGAUGAUUUACGGCUCUCAGUGUUUACUAUUUAUUAUUAAAAUAAAGACUUCAGGUGUGUGUUAUUUGUUGAAGUGCUCAGUAAGCAUCACUGAAAGCGGGUCAGGGUUUAAUGAUCCAAACAGACAGAUGUACAUGAAACCCUCUGAUACACACCGUGGAUCUGAACAAAGAGAAUGUGGGCUCCAUUACAUUUGAAAGAUUCCUACGAAAUCUCCUGUGCAACCAUUAUCUAUCUGUGCCGUUUCCCCCAGGGGUGAUUCAUUAACAACAAAAUACAGAGAGGCUCACGAGUAUAAAGGCUGGUAGUGAGAUCAUCAGAUCAAAAAAGUAAGUGCAUUCCCAAUUUGGUCUGUCCCAGCAGCAGAGGACUGGGGUGGGGAGGAGGUUGUGAAGGUCAAAGUUUUGAACUUGUCUGUUUUGUUUGUUUUUAUAAAAACUGAACUGAAUAAUUUGUCCAGCUAACCGUGAGUGCACUUUUGUAUAAAGUGAUGUAUUUCUUUAUAUUUCUGUGAAUAAACACAGUGACAAAUCUGUUUAAAAAACACCAGUCUGUGGUCUUACUGUAAAAAAAAAAAAAACUUGAACAAAGCAAAACAUGAAGUAAACCAAACAAACCAUUUUGAAAGCUUGUACACGAUUUAGACUUGACACAUCUACACAAACAAUGAGGAAAACAAGGCGUUGUGGUUGUGCAGUGGGGCGUUGUGGUACAGUUAGCUCUAACAUGUGCAGAAUGAAUGAGUUUCAAAAGGGCAUGUCUACCCAGUCAGGGUCGGGGUCGAUUCCUGUUUCUCCAUUCCUGUUCCAGUUCCAAUUCCUUUUUAAAAUGAGCUUCCCACGGCGGCAACAAAUGACUUAAAUGACCAUCGAUUCAAAUGAAAUCACAACAAAUAUUAUGUCUCUAAAACAUCAAUUCCAAUUCCUUUGAAGAAAUUGGAACUGGGAAUUGAUUUUAAAAAGGAACUGCAGCAUCAUUCUUAUGAUUCAAUGUUACAGAUUUCAGAGGAUCAAACUAUAUCAAGCACCAGUGUAAUGCAAGUUGAGGUGGCAGCUGUGAGCAGAUCUAUAUAAAUAUCUACAGGAGAUGUAGAAGGGGAGUGAAUCCUGGGCUUCACAAGAAAAGUCUAAAUUGCAUUGUGUAAAUAUAUUCACUAUUGAGGCUUAUUAUGUCAUCAUAAA